UGCCUCUAGAAGUUUUCAGUCCUGAACAAUUUUAUUAGCAGACUGAGCAUUCUUCACGGUCAGAAAGGAAGAGACGCGACUCAUUCGGGAUGUUUGACGGUUAUGAUAGUUGUAGUGAGGACACUAGUAGCAGCUCAAGCUCUGAUGAGAGUGAAGAAGAAGUUGCUCCCUUACCAUCCAGUCUCCCCAUUAUCAAGAAUAAUGGCCAGGUCUAUACUUAUCCAGAUGGUAAAUCUGGCAUGGCUACCUGUGAGAUGUGUGGGAUGGUCGGUGUCCGAGAUGCUUUUUACUCUAAGACAAAGCGUUUCUGUAGUGUUUCGUGCUCCAGAAGUUAUUCAUCAAACUCCAAGAAGGCCAGCAUUCUGGCCAGACUUCAGGGUAAACCUCCAACUAAAAAGGCUAAAGUUCUGCAGAAACAACCUUUAGUGGCUAAACUAGCAGCGUAUGCUCAGUACCAAGCUACAUUGCAGAACCAAGUGAAGACUAAAACAGCUGUCCCUGUGGAAGGUUUCAGUUGGGGUAACUACAUUACUAGCAAUAAUUUAACAGCAGCUCCUGUUACCUGUUUUAAACAUGCACCCAUGGGGACAUGCUGGGGUGAUAUCUCGGAAGGAGUGCGAGUGGAAGUUCCGAACACAGACUGCAGCCUACCUACCAAAGUCUUCUGGAUAGCUGGAAUUGUGAAAUUAGCAGGCUACAAUGCUUUGCUGAGAUAUGAAGGGUUUGAAAACGAUUCAAGUGUUGACUUCUGGUGCAACGUGUGUGGGUCUGACAUCCACCCAGUUGGUUGGUGUGCAACUAGUGGGAAGCCUCUAGUCCCACCUAGAACAAUCCAACACAAAUACACAAACUGGAAAGCUUUUCUCGUGAAGCGACUUACUGGUGCCAAAACUCUUCCUCCUGACUUUUCUCAGAAGGUGUCAGAAAGUAUGCAGUAUCCUUUCAAACCUUCCAUGAGAGUAGAAGUUGUUGACAAAACGCAUCUCUGUCGAACACGGGUAGCAGUUGUAGACAGUGUAAUUGGAGGACGAUUAAGAUUGGUAUAUGAAGAAAGUGAAGACAAAACGGAUGAUUUCUGGUGCCAUAUGUACAGCCCACUCAUUCAUCACAUUGGUUGGUCCCGAAGUAUAGGACAUCGCUUCAAAAGAUCUGAUAUUACAAAGAAACAGGACGGACAUUAUGAUGCACCCCCACAUUUAUUUGCAAAGGUAAAAGAAGUAGAUCCAAGUGGAGAAUGGUUCAAGGAGGGAAUGAAAUUGGAAGCUAUCGAUCCCUUAAACCUGUCUGCAAUAUGUGUUGCAACCAUUAGGAAGGUGUUAGCAGAUGGAUAUCUAAUGAUCGGGAUUGAUGGCUCAGAAGCAGCAGAUGGGUCUGACUGGUUUUGUUACCAUGCCACCUCCCCUUCUAUUUUCCCUGUUGGUUUCUGUGAAAUUAAUGCGAUUGAGCUAACUCCACCCAGAGGUUAUGCAAAACUCCCUUUCAAAUGGUUUGACUACCUCAGGGAAACUGACUCUAUAGCAGCACCUGUAAAACUCUUCAAUAAGGAAGUUCCAAACCAUGGGUUUCACAUUCGAAUGAAACUGGAGGCUGUAGAUCUUAUGGAACCGCGCCUUGUAUGUGUGGCCACAGUAACCCGCAUCAUCCAUCGUCUAUUGAGGAUACAUUUUGAUGGCUGGGAAGAAGAAUAUGACCAGUGGGUGGAUUGCGAGUCCCCUGACCUCUAUCCUGUAGGGUGGUGCCAAUUAACUGGAUAUCAAUUACAGCCUCCUGCACCACAAACAGCAAGAGAUAGCCAGUCAAGUUCGUCAAAGCAAAAGAAAAAGGCUAAGUCACAACAGUACAAAGGACACAAGAAAAUGACUUCACUGCAGCUGAAAGAGGAGUUGCUAGAUGGAGAGGAGUAUAACUUUCUUCAAGGAGCAUCUGAUCAGGAAAGCAAUGGGUCUGCCAGCUACUACAUCAAACAAGAACCAUAA